GUAUCGCCAUAUGAGCGGAGCUGUCAAAAUAAACGUGAAGUUAGUUAGUGAUUGAAGUGUGUGCAAGUGUUGUUGUGAUGGCCCUUAGGUCUGUGAUUUCAUCAAAACUCCCUAUGGUUGUAAUAUUAGGAGCUACAGGGACGGGAAAAACUAAGUUAGGUGUGGAGAUAGCUCAAAGAUUUGGAACAGAAAUCAUAAGUGCCGAUUCAAUGCAAAUUUACAAAGGACUGGAUAUCGUGACAGCGAAGGCUUCUCUCCAGGAGCGGGAGUUGGUACCGCAUCAUCUACUGGAUAUCCUCGAACCACAUCAGAUGUUCACAGUAGUUGACUUUAGAAAUAGAGCUCUUAAAAUUAUUGAUAAUCUUACAGAGCAAGGAAAGAUUCCUAUCAUUGUGGGAGGUACAAAUUAUUACAUAGAAUCUAUUGUUUAUAAAAUACUCGUCGAAGAUAUGAAUAAUGCAGACGAAUUACUUUGGGAAAAAAGUAAAAGAAAGAGAGACUAUUGCGAAACAGACGUAAGUGGAGAAAAUUGCCGUAAAAAACUUUCUAAUGAUAAUAUCAAUGAAUUAUCAGAUAAUGUACCAGCACCUGGUAUAUCGUCAGACAAUACAGAUUCAAGCAAAAUAAAUAGUGUUGAAAUCAAAGAUAUAAGUAAAGAACAAUUAAAAGAAGACGUAGACAAUGAAAGCAGAUUUACAAAUGAUGAAAUCCAUGCGAGAUUAAAUGCAAUCGAUCCUGAAAUGGCUUCAAGGCUUCAUCCCAAUAAUAGACGUAAAGUUCUCAGGGCAAUCGAAGUUUGGCUGAAAACAGGUCGUCGUCACAGCGAAGUGCUAGACGAGCAGAAAGAAAGCGAAGGGCAGCUGAGAAGGCCAGGCGCAACUGUCAUACUCUGGCUUAAAUGUGAACAGACGGUCCACGACGAACGUUUGAACUCGAGGGUGGAUGCCAUGCUGGAACAGGGUUUGAUCGAUGAACUGCUAGACUUUCACGACAGACACAACAAGCAAAGGAUAAGGGAUGGAACACCACCAGACUACACCAAAGGCAUUUUCCAAACUUUGGGUUUCAAAGAGUUUCACGAAUACUUGAUGUUACCACCGGAUAAAAAAAAUAGUGAAGAAGGCAAGAAGCUAUUAAGAGAAAGCAUAGAGAAUAUGAAAAUGGGAACCAGACGAUAUGCACGGAGACAAAACAAAAUGGUUAAAGGCCGAUUUUUAGAACACCCUACGAGAGAGAUUCCACUUAUUUAUGAGUUGAAUACAACAGAUCUAUCACAAUGGGAUAGCGAAGUAAAAAAUAAAGCAUUGGACAUAAUAAAUAGCUUAAUAACUAAUACUCCAUGCCAGUAUGAACAUCUGAAACCGGAAAAGAAAAAUGAAGAAAUUUCUAACAUGAAUGUUCAUUCGUGUAACUACUGUCAAGUUUGUGAGAGGCUUAUUAUUGGCGACAAAGAGUACUCAAUUCAUUUAAAAUCUCAUAAGCACAUGAGGGUUUUGAAAAGCAAAGAGCGAUUAGCUAAGCUGGCUAAUUUGAAUAAAGAAAUAGAUACAAAUAAAAUUGAAUAAUAAUACUGUGUUUACUUGUUAUUGUGUAGUUAUUGU